AUGGACCCCAUCACUCAGUCUUUGGCUGCCUUGUCCAUCAAGGCGACCGUGACACACCGUGAUGCCGAUUCGCCUGCAGCAUGGCGAGACGCUCUCACUUCGACAACUGGAACCCCCGAAUCAUUUGAACUCAUCAAAACCCUUGUUUUCAAGCCGAAAACAGCCAAGUCAGCGACCCCGGUCCCCGUUGUCGUUGUCGCACGCGAGGAGACGGAAACGAACUCCGGCGCGUUGGGGAAGAAGUUAAACUUGAAAGAACUACGCUUGGCCAAUGAGGAUCUGUUGAAAGACUUCUUUUCUUUGGAUAAGAACUCGCUUUCUCCCCUGGCUUUGACAUCCAAGUCAUUUCCGAACGUUUUGACCGUCCUUGACGCCUCUAUCGCUACAUCAUCUUCCCUGUUUGCGCUGCACGCUUCCUCAUCCAGCUCUACGAUUUUUGUUACCGGCCAGGAUAUUGUCAAGUACCUUCGUAGUCUUGAGACCGACGAUGUCAAGGUUCAGGAGAUCGACUUUCAAACUCUAUCCGUCGCGAGUGCGCCUGGAGCUGCAGCACAGACGUCUAAAGCUCCUGCGAAAGAAAAAGAAGACGCCAAGAUCGAAGGAGCGGUCCAGAUCGCCAUUGGUGUCAAGAAAGAGGUCGACUUUGCCGCUUGGUAUACGAACGUCCUGAUCAAGGCCGAUAUGCUGGACUACUACAGCGUCAGUGGGUGCUACAUCCUCAAACCUUGGUCGUAUAGCAUCUGGGAAGAAAUACAAGGGUGGUUUAAUGCUCAGAUCAAGGAAUUGGGCGUGCAGAAUUCAUACUUCCCUAUGUUCGUAUCAGCAAAGGUUUUGGAGAGAGAAAAGGACCACAUCGAGGGAUUUUCUCCGGAGGUCGCUUGGGUUACUCGCGCCGGCCAGUCUGAGCUCGAGGAGCCGAUUGCCAUCCGCCCAACAUCAGAAACCGCCAUGUACCCCUACUACGCCAAAUGGAUCAAGAGCCACCGUGAUCUUCCACUGAAGCUGAAUCAAUGGAACAGCGUCGUCCGCUGGGAGUUCAAGAACCCGCAACCAUUCUUGCGUACGCGAGAGUUCCUCUGGCAAGAGGGCCAUACCGCGCAUCUUACGAAAGCGGAAGCCGAUACUGAGGUUCGCCAGAUCCUCGAUUUGUACCGCCGCGUCUACGAAGAGCUCCUCGCUGUCCCCGUCAUCCCCGGUAUCAAGUCUGAGAAGGAGAAGUUUGCUGGUGGGUUGUACACAACGACGAUCGAAGGCUUCAUCCCUACCUCUGGACGAGGUAUCCAGGCUGCAACGUCUCACUGCCUCGGCCAAAACUUCUCUCGGCCAGAAAUGUUCAACAUCUGCGUGGAAGACCCAAAUGAAAGGGAAGCGAACGGUGACCCAAAGAAGCUGUACGUAUGGCAAAACAGCUGGGGUUUAUCCACUCGUACAAUUGGUGUGAUGGUGAUGGUCCACGGUGAUAACCAGGGUCUGGUGCUUCCGCCGCGAGUGGCGAGCAUCCAGGUGGUUGUAGUGCCCUGUGGAAUUACGGCGAAGACGACGGAAGAACAGCGAGCGAAGAUCAACGAUGCUUGUGACGAGCUGGCGAAGACGCUGAAGAAGUCGGGCAUCAGGGUGAAAGCUGACCUCCGAGAGGGAUAUACGCCAGGAUACAAAUUCAACGACUGGGAACAAAAGGGUGUCCCUCUACGCCUUGAAAUCGGGCCGAACGACCUUGCUAAGGAGCAGACAUUGACUGUGCGUCGGGACACAGGGUUAAAGAACCCUGUAUCGCUGAAGGAUAUUGGCGCGACGGUGUCGGCUCUUUUGGAGACCAUUCAAUCCGACAUGUUCACUCGGGCGCGCGACACAUAUUUCUCUCGAUUGAAACCAGUGACUAAGUGGGACGACGUAGUGCCAACGCUGGACGACAAAUGUGUUGUUGUGAUGCCUUGGUGCGAGGUUGAAGCAUGCGAGGAUGAUAUCAAGGAGCGCAGUGGGCGAUCGUCUGAACCUCAAGACGAGCGUGCGCCAUCUGCUGGGGCCAAGUCGCUCGCCAUUCCCUUUGACCAAUCGCAAUGGCCCGCCAUAGAGCCUGGCACAACCAAGUGUCCUGCGUGUGGCAAGGAUGCCAAGAGGUGGACGAUGUUCGGCAGGUCAUAUUAG